CAUGCUAUUGAUAUGUGAUAAAAGAAGCAUGCAUGCGCGGCGACUGGUGGUGAUGCAUUGCAUUCGUGGACCAACCAACAAUUAGAGGUAACGAAUUCUGAGUAUUCAUUAAAAACAGCUCGGGGAGGCCGGGAUUCCGAAAGAGAAGGGUGUUAAAGUGAGAGUUGUUCUAGUAUGGUUUGAUAGGGUAUGUUUGUUCUGCAGUGAAGAGACUUUGAAUGUUUGAACAGACAAGAUCGAGACUGGCAUUGAAUGAUUGAAGUACCCGUCUCCUAGGCUAUACAUGCUUCAAGAGACCACUACACCAAGUACCCCUCCAAGAACACUCUUUGCCAGCAUCAUAGACUAAUUUAAUUGCACUAAUGAAAACUUCCAGAUGUUUGCUCUAUCCAUGUGAAAACUGCUUGAUCAUGCUAUGAAACAGAACAAGGACACCUUUUGUCAAAAUGGCGAAACAAUACGAUGUUCUGAUAAGACUUCUCAUGCUCGGAGACUCUGGUGUUGGCAAAACAUCCAUGUUGUGUAAAUUUACAGAAGAAGGCUUCAACAGUACACACAUUCCAACGAUAGGUAUCGACUUUAAAAUGAAAACGCUCAUGGUGGAUGAUAAAAAGAUCCGCAUUCAAAUUUGGGACACUGCUGGGCAGGAGAGAUAUGACACAAUAACGAAGCAGUAUUUCAGGAGAGCACAGGGUAUCAUGUUAGUCUACGACAUCACAAGUGAAAUAUCAUUCAGGCAUAUUAGCAAAUGGCUGGAUAUGAUAGAUGAGGGUGCUGGUAGUGUUGCAAGAAUCCUAGUGGCUAAUAAAUCGGAUGCAUCGGCACUCCGGAUCAUAUCUAAGGAAGAGGGUGAGACGUUUGCGAGGGAGAAGAACCUAGCGUUUGUAGAGGGCAGUGCUUUCAGUGGAGACAAUCUCGAUGAGGCAUUUGAAGGUCUUGUGAAGAUUGUCAUGGACAGGAAUAAGAAGGACAUAGAUGAACAACUACAGAGCAUCAAGCUAUAUGGUUCCAGAGAGAACAGUACUAUAGAUGCUGAGGUCAAACCAGGUGGCUGCUGCAGUUGAUGUCUGUAUAGUGUCUAUCGACGCCUCGUUCACCCACAACGUCGUAAACUGCCUUAAA